CCCCACAUCUCCGGCCCCAGCAACAGGAUCGCCAGUCCCGGCUGGCAGCAGCAAAGGCACGAAAGCUGGCUGUUUUUUAUUGGGGAAGUGUCAUUAAUGCGGAUACAUGGCGGACAUGUUGAUGCCAGGCCGGGACUGCGGGACAGCAUGUCUCAAGUGGCACAAUUAACCGGGUCACGGGCCAGUGAAGUGUCACCAGAUGCAGUUUUGGAGAUAUACCAUCAAGUGGGCCGCGUCGCGGCCUAUCACUCGACGAGGCUGGACUAUCCGGUCUAG